AUGUUUGAGUCCCUUGUAGCUACAAUUCUUAAUAGAUUUUUAGGAUCGUAUAUCGAAGAUUUUGAUCCUAAGCAACUUAAUAUCGGGAUAUGGAGUGGGGAUGUUAAAUUGAAAAACCUUCGCUUGAAGAAGGAAUCCUUGGAUGAAUUGAAAUUACCACUAGAUGUAAAAUUUGGCCAUUUGGGUGAAUUGACACUUCAAAUCCCAUGGUCUAACUUAAAAGGUCAACCUGUUAAGGUCAUUAUUGAAGAUGUUUACUUGUUAGCCAGUCCUAUAAUAUUAGAGGAUUUUGACUUGGAAGAAGAUAUGAAGAAAGAAUUGAAUGUAAAGAAAGAAAAGUUGAAACAAUUGGAAGCAAUUGAAAAGGCGCAAAAUCAAAAUGAAUCCCUAACUUCUGAUUUGAAGAACAAUGAAACAUUCACGGAGAACUUGAUUACUAAAAUCGUGGAUAAUUUGCAAGUAACUAUUAGAAACAUCCAUGUAAGAUAUGAAGAUGAUUCGGUUUUAACUGAAUUACCAUAUUCAAUUGGCUUGACUUUAGAUGAAUUGAGUGCUGUUUCCACGGAUAACUCCUGGUUGCCUAGUUUUAUUUCCAUUACCCAGGCCCUUACUCACAAAUUAUUGACUUUAAAAAGUUUAAGUGUUUAUAUGAAUACUGAUUCUACCAGCAUAUAUCAUGAAGACUCGGAAAAAUUGUUGAAGGAGUUCUCAGAAUACGUGGAAAAGAGUAACAAUCAAGAGAAACUAGACUUACAGUACUUACUUAGGCCAGUAACUGGUAAGGGUAGACUUACAGUAAACAAGCAUGGUGCUACUGAAUCAUCACCCCAUAUCAAGGCUGAGCUCUUUUUUGAAGAGUUUGGAGUAGAUUUAGAUUCGCAGCAGUAUAAAGAUAUAUUAUGGACUGCUUCUAAAUUCCAUUGGUAUAUGAAAACUUAUAAAUUUAGACGUCUAAGACCAAAGAUACCAGUUUCCGAAGAUCCAAAACGUUGGUUCAAAUAUGCAGCGGAACUGAUCCUUAAUGAAAUCCAUGAAAGAAAUUACAAAUGGACUUGGGAAUAUUUCGAAAAAAGACGAGAUCAAAGAAAGGAGUAUGUUUCACUCUGGAAGUUACAUCUCUUAGGGAAUGUAUUGACCGCAGAACAGAAUGAAAGACUUGAAUCCUUACUUAAAGAAUUGACGUUCGAAGAUAUUAAACUCUAUAGAUCUCUUGCAAGUAACGAGGUUAGGAAGGAAAAUUUAGCUAUCAAAAAAGCUGCAACACAUGCUCCUGCCAAAGAGGGUUGGCUCUCGGGUUGGUGGAGAGCUGCUCCCACCGCAGACGGAUCAUCAGCUACUUCGACUGGCGAUGAAUCUGAUACUUCCAUGGCUCUUUCUGAUUCGCAAAAGAAGGCACUUUAUGAUGCUAUUGACUAUGAUGAGUCCCAAGAGAUAUCUAAUGCAAUUUCAAUACCAAGAGAUAGGGUUAAAAUAGAGUUGCUAGCUACCUUAAAGAAAGGUGGUAUUUCCAUUAGAAGUGCCAAAAAUGAACCAAAUUUGGCUGAAAUUGUAUUUGAAGGUUGUACUACUCAAGUCUACCAAAGACCAGAUUCGUUUUUGGCUAAUUUUCAAUUACAAGAAUUUAGGGUUGAAGACGGAACUCAGACCACAUUAUAUAAACAUAUUGUAAGCGUCAAGCAAUCACAUAGUCAUAUUCACAGCGCAAAAGACGAGGAGAAAGGCGAAUUGCAAGAAAAAGAAAAUGGUAAGAAUGAUCCAUUCUUUAAGAUAUCUUUUGAAAACAAUCCAUUAGAUGGAAGUGCAGAUUCUAUCCUCUUAGGUAAACUUAAGUCCAUGACAAUAUUUUACAACCCUCACUUCAUUGAGGAGGUUGUCAGGUUUUUCACUCCUCCUAAGAUUCAUCUUGACACAAUUGGAGCGAUUAUGAAUGCUGCAGAAGAAACCAUGGAGGGACUCUCUGCUCAAACCAGGUUAGCAUUGCAGUACGCUUUGGAAGAACAUAAAACUAUCAAUGUUAAGUUGGAUUUACAAGCUCCGUUGGUUUUCUUGCCACUCGAUCCACAAGACUGGAAGUCGCCUGUUGCAAUUCUAGAUGCUGGACAUAUUAGUGUGGUAAGUGACUUAGUAGAUAAAAAAGAAAUCGAAGAGUUCAAAAGUAAAGACAAUUACUCAGAAAAAGAUUGGAACCAGUUGAAUACGUUAAUGUACGAUCAAUUCAAUAUACAUUUGCAGGAUGCACAAUUUUUGGUUGGUCCUGAUAUCAAGACUACCACUGAACAACUCCAUGUUGAAACAGAUGAAGAAGGUAAUAGGUCUGCACUUAUACUUGACAAAUUGAACAUAAAAUUGACCUUAGGCAUUUCAAUACUACCAGACGCCUACAACUUAGCUAAGUUUAAGAUUGGUGGGGAGGUACCCAAUAUAAAGCUCACCUUGAAUGACUUUCAAUAUAAAACAAUAAUGAAGUUGAUUGAUAACGCCAUUCCUAAUUUGGAUGACUCUGCAAGUACUAAUGAAAGUGUACUCUUUGAUGCCUACGGGCAAUACAAAGAAGCAAAAAUUGAAGAAUUUGAUAGUGAUGGAAUGAGCAGUAAAACUAAGAAAGCUGAACUUUCUGCGGCUGCACUUGAACAACACAUUUUUGAGUUCGAUUUUUCUGUUGACUUGGUUAAUGUGUCACUUCUCCGUUGUAUUGAUGGUAUUUCACUUGAAGAGGAGCCAUUAGUUGAUUUAGUUGGUGAUCAUUUAAAACUAUUCUUUUUCAAGACAGAAAAUGACUUGAAGCUUGAGUUAACUUUGGAAGACAUAAAUCUUAUUGAUAAUAUUGAAAAAUCAGGAAUCCCAGAGUUUGACAAGUUAGUGUCUUCAAAUAAUUUUGACCAACUGGAUGAUUUUACGAAUAAGCGCCAGCUCUUCAAAGUUGAUUACGCACGAACUUUGAGGGUUGUAGAAUUCAAUAAAAAGAGUAUUGAAGUGUUUGAUCAAGACAUCGACUUAAGUAUAGCAACUGUUAAAUUUGUUAUUUCUCGAAAGUCACUAUUGAGCUUGCUUAAUUUUGUUUUAAAUACUUUUGUCGACCCAGAUGCUCCAGAAACUCCUGCAGAUCAGCUUAAGCAUAAUGAUCCUAGCAAUGAUGAGACAUCACCUGCUAAGAUAAAUGUGAAUGUUAAUAUGGAUAGUAUUAUUCUUGUCCUUAAUGAAGAUGGAUUAAAGUUGGCGACUUUAGAACUUCUGACUGCAAACAUUUUUGUAUUGGUAUUGCCUGAGGAGUUGGAAGUCAGCGGUAAGUUAGGUGCGCUUAGCUUGCACGAUGAAGUAAAUAGUGGCUCUCCUAGAGAUUCUAUCUUAAGGAAUCUUAUUUCAAUUGAAGGAGAGGAGAAGAGCUUGGCUCAGUUUUCUUACAAGACAUUUGACGCAGCCAACAAUUCUAAUCCUUUCCAUACGGAAAUUGAGUUCAAAACGGGUUCUCUAAGAGUGAAUUUUGUCGAAGAUUCUUUCAGCAAAAUAUUUAACUAUGCAAGUCAAUUCCAAAGGAUGAAAGAAAUUUAUGAUGGUGCAAGAGAAGCAGCCAUCAAUCAAGCUAGUCAAAUUGUUGAUGCUAAUAGAAUCAAAUUUGAUAUUCUAGUUAAUGCGCCUACGAUUGUCUUUCCUAAGUUAGUUGAAGGUGAGAGUGACAAGUACGAUCAAUUGACUGCUAAAUUAGGAGAAUUGUACGCUAACAAUUCAUUUGUCGAUGAAAAUGUAAAUGGAUUACAAAAUUUACUCUCUAUGGGAAUUAGAAAUAUUAGCGUAUCUUCUAUAUUCCAUUUUAGGGACUAUAAUAUUGAUGAUACCUUAAUAGUACAAUCAUCUGAUAUCGUGGAAGAUUUGGAUAUUUCCUUUAAUGGAAAGUACCUGGAACAGUACCUUAAGGGACGCCCAACCUUGAUUGUGGAUGGUAAUAUGCCAGAAGUUGAUUUAAAACUAACAGAAUUACAAUUGAAAUACUUGAUGAGUCUUUCAGAUCUGGUUUCUCGUGUAUUAGAUACCUCCGAAGUAGUGAAUGAUGACUUGGAAGAUAUUGAACUAGAUGCACUAAAUGCAAAUAAGGUGAUGGCACAUAACACAGAUAUCAAGGAAAAGUCAAAAAAAUCAGAUGUCAUUCGUGAUAUUAGUAAGAAUAGUAACAAUUCUGAGGAUUUGGAUAUACCGAAAGAUCAUAGUAAAGUGGAUUUCAGUUUCAAGGUUCCCAGUCUCUCUUUAGUUUUGUACAAUAACACUUCUGCUGCAUCUUCAAUUAUUGGCAAACAGUUAACCUCCUUUACUCUUAAUGGAUUGACAGUCCUGUUCAACAUGAAAGAGGAUACUCACUUUUCAUCCGACCUCUUCAUGCAUUCAUUUGUUGUGAAAGAUAUAAGAGAAGGCUCUGCUAAUAAAUUCAGAGAAAUAAUUCCACUACUCAAGCAUGAUCAAAACCAAUUUGCAUUUUCUGCUACGUCAGAUGGAGCAGCUGAUAACAAGAACAUGACUCUCAUGUUAUCUGUUGAUAGUCCACAAAUGAUUUUAGCUAUGGAUUACAUCUUUGAACUUCAAACCUUUGUGGAGUCUGGAUUACCAGAUGAGAAGCCAAAUAUUGGCUUUGUUGAGGAUGAAGAAGAUGAUGAAGAUGAUGAAGAUGAUGGCGAUGAUGGUAAGGAAGAUCUAAAAUUGGAUAUCAGUAAGAAAACAUCCAAUUCUAGUUCGAGCAGUGAUAGUGAAGAAGAAUCAUCCCUAUCCAGGAUUGGCUUUUCAAUCAACAUUACUUCUCCCUCUGUCAUUCUCCUUGCUGAUUCAAGUAAAACUGAUACCGAAGCAGUAGUUUUUAAGAUUGAACAAAUUUUAUUGACUUCUCAAAAUAUCAUUUCUCUCGCAUCUAACAAUAUAGGCUUAUUCCUUUGUCAGAUGGAUGACAUAGAGACCAAAAGAUUGAGAAUCAUUGAUGAUUUUUCUAUAUCUUUUGCUUAUGAUUCAAGAGGAUCCACUGACACAAGUUUCCUUACGAGUAUUCAGGCUUCAGUUGAUCCCUUGUUGGUCAGAGUAUCGUUAAGGGAUAUAAGACUCGCUUUGACAAUAUUCAAUAAUGCCUCCGAACUUUACACGGCAGCACAAGCUAAGAAUAAGAGUUUGCCGAAUCAGUCUAAUGACGACAACGAGAAUAACUUUCUGGAUGACUUCAAGAAAAGAUUAUCUCAUUAUGCUCCGACUAUAGUUUCAAACUUUUCUACAUCAAAGAGCCAGUCCAACUUGCAAAAGGCAACAGCAGCAUCCUCUGAUGCUGUCAUAAUUAAAGGAGAGGAAUUGAAUGUCUCUAUAGGAGGUUUGAGGUUUGUUCUCAUUGGUGAUGUUCACGAAUUGCCGGUUCUUGAUAUGAAUGUUAAACCGUUCGAUAUUAAAGCUAUCAACUGGUCAACGGAUCUCAGCUCUGAAACUCACUUUGAACCCUACGUGAACAUUUAUAACUAUGCUAGAUCAUCAUGGGAACCAUUAGUUGAACCAUGGCCCAUUGCCAUAUAUGCUAGCAGAGUCUUAUUACCUACUGCAAGUAUUAUGGUAGAUGUGAUUUCAAGAAAAUUGACUGAAAUCACUGUCUCUUCUCGUUCAAUCGCACUAUUAUCGCAAGUUAUGUCAUUAAUUACUACUGAUGAAAAGAUCAAACCUAGGGGUGAAGACAGUCCAUAUAGAAUUACUAAUCAAACUGGUUACAAGGUUAAAGUAUGGAACGACAAGUCAUCGGAUCGAAAAGUAGAAAAAGAAAUAGAUGAUGGAAAUCUGAUCCCAUGGGAAUUUGAGGAUUGGAAAGAAGUUCGUGAAAAUUUAGAUACAGACAAAAAGCAAGGAAGCCUUGGUUUGGAAUUAUUGGAUCUGCCCUAUGAUGUAAUUGAUGGAAUUUCAGCUACAGGUGAAGGGGAAGAACUCUUUGUAUUGAAUCCUCCAAUUGAUGGAAUUCACAGUAGAUUGAGUUUCGAAGUGAUUUUAGGGGAAGAUAACGUGAAGACAAUAACUUUAAGGUCAACUAUACUCGUUCAAAAUGAUGCUGAAAAUGCUGUUGACAUCCAAGUGGCAUAUUCUGACCGUUUGAUCAAUUUAACUAUUCAACCUGAUGAAUCGAAGUCUCUACCCAUUGAUAGUGUCUACAAUGGGACUUACAAAAUCAAACCAGUUACUGAUGUUUCCUACUCCUGGUGUGAACAGUCACUUGAUUGGAAGACAUUAAUGAAAGCUAGGAAAGGGAAUGAAUCAGGUGGUGGUAUUCCUAUAAAAUGUAAUGCCUCCUCUAAUUCAGAUAAUUCUUCGUAUUAUUAUCAAGUAGAAGCUGUUUUCGAUUCAGAAGAGCCACUAGCAAAGAUAUAUCCUCAUAUGAAGAUUAUUAUCUCUGCGCCCGUUGAAGUUGAAAAUUUACUUCCAUUUGACCUUGACUAUAGAUUAUAUGACAAGUCAUCAAGAAAAGACUGGAGUGGUACUAUCGCAAAAGGGGUCAAAACAUUUAUUCAUGUUUCUUCUUUGAAAUCACUAUUACUACUUAGUGUUGAGCCAAAAGAUUGUGGAUAUUUGAAAUCCGAGUUUGCUAUUAUAAAUGCGCCUCGUGAGAGCGAGUUCAAAAGAGAAACAGUGAUGUCAACUAGACAUGAGACUAAUGGGCAAAAACUCAGAUUCAAAAUUCAUUACUUGAAGAAAAAGAAUCACAGUACUAGUUUAAAAGUGGUUAUCUAUUCUCCAUAUGUAAUAUUGAAUAAAACUGGGCAAAACUUGACUAUAAAUGAAAGGGGAAAUUAUUUAUACAGUAAAUCUAAUCCACAACUUACUGUUCCCUCGAUGUUUUCUUUUGAGAAAGAUGAUGACAGAAGAAAUAGAGCGUUAAUUAAAAUUGGAGACUCUGCUUGGACCACUCCGCUAAGCUUUGAUGCUAUUGGUCAAAACAUUGCAGCCAAGGCUCAAUUAAAUGGCAGACAAGCUGAAAUGAAUGUUGGUAUAACAGUCAAUGAGGGAGAGGGCAAAUACAAUUUAACCAAGGUUGUAACUAUUGCUCCACGUUAUAUAUUUAGGAAUAAUUUGGAUGAUGACUUACAAAUUGUUGAAAAUGGAUCAACAAAGCCAAUAGUUGUUAAAUCAGGAGGUACUAUCCAAACCCUCUAUGCGUUGCGGAAGAUUGACCAAAAAUCUCUUUUGAUCAAAUUCAAUCACUCUUCCAAACCUUGGUCUGCUCCAUUUUCAAUUGACGAUGUUGGACAAAUUUUUAUAAAGCUUUAUAAGGAUGGAGUUGGUCAAGUCUUACUCAAGGUUAAUACUAUCAUUGAAAAUGCUACUAUUUUUAUUUCUGUUGAAAAUGCGAAUAACAACUGGCCUUUCUCCAUUAGAAACUUUUCAGACAGUGAAUUUUAUGUUUAUCAGGGAGACCCAAACGUGAAUGAAAAUGGAGAUGUUGUCAGGCAUGAUUCACCUUCAUUUAAGCCAAUAUUCUAUAAGAUACCAGCGAAAAGUGUCAUGCCUUACGCAUAUGAUUAUCCAAAUGCUGUGAUUAAAGAACUAUAUAUUAGAUCUCAUGACAGAGAAAGAAGUGUGAACUUGGCGGAGAUUGGAAAUCUCAGACCGUUUAGGUUACCGCCAAGAAGCCAAGAUGAGAAAGAGACUAUUGUAGACUUGAAUGUUGUUGCAGAUGGUCCGACACAAUCAUUAAUAAUUUCUAAUUAUGAUCCAUCCGUUAGUUUGUAUAAGUUGAAGAAUACAUCUGACUCUGCAAGUAUGACUUCAUUAUCUACAAAUGCAACUGGUGAAAGUGGAUUUGAGGCAACUGAGAAAGAUGAGUAUCACACAAAAAUUAUUACUAAAUUUGAGGGUUUCGGUAUAUCUCUUAUCAAUACUCGUGGCCAAGAGUUAUGUUACAUAACGUUAAGGGGACUUGAAAUCAGAUACAAUGAAUCACAACUCUAUCAAAAUUUGAGUGUUAAAUUGAAAUGGAUUCAGAUUGAUAAUCAAUUGUAUGGUGGAAUUUUCCCAAUUAUCUUGUACCCAAGUGUUAUUCCAAAAUCAGGUAAGGAAAUGAAUAACCACCCAUCAUUUUCAGCAUCGAUAUGUAAAGUAAAAGAUGAUAGUCAUGGUGUUUUAUUUAUUAAAUACGCUACAGUAUUAUUGCAAGAAAUGACAAUUGAAAUAGACGAGGACUUUUUAUUUGCACUACUUGAUUUCACUAAAUUUCCUGGUGCAACCUGGAAUAAGCGACAAGUUGAUGUACUCUGUGACGAUAAUUUGGAUAUUCCAGAACCGAGAGCUUUGGAUGAAAGUAGCGACAUAUAUUUUGAAGCACUUCAUUUGCAGCCGACAAUGGCCAAUUUGUCCUUUGUUCGUACAGAAAGAAUUAAUGCCGAAGACAAACAGACCUCCCAAAAUACAUUAAUGUUCUUCUUCAACGUAUUAACUAUGGCAAUUGGAAACAUUAACGAUGCUCCUAUUAAAUUAAAUGCAUUGUUCAUUGAGAAUAUAAGAGUUCCUAUACCUAUUUUGGUUGAAUCCAUUCAAACACAUUAUGGCCAAGCUUUCUUUUAUCAGUUGCAUAAGAUAUUGGGAUCAGCAGAUUUCCUUGGUAACCCAGUUGGUUUAUUUAAUAACAUCAGUUCUGGGGUACUCGAUAUAUUCUACGAGCCAUAUCAGGGUUUCAUCAUUAAUGAUAGGCCUCAGGAAUUGGGAAUUGGUAUUGCAAAAGGUGGUUUAAGUUUCUUGAAGAAAUCUAUAUUCGGAUUUUCAGAUUCAUUCGCUAAAUUCACGGGCUCAGUUGCUAAAGGGUUGUCGGUCGUGACUUUAGAUAAAAGAUUUCAAGAAAGGAGAAGAUUGAAUCAACGUAGAAACAAACCAAAGCAUGCGUUGUAUGGUUUGGCUCUGGGUGCAAAUUCAUUCUUUGAAUCAAUUUCGUCAGGUGUAACUGGAAUUGCUACUGCUCCCAUUGAAGGUGCAUCUGAAGGAGGAGCCGCUGGUUUCUUCAAAGGUUUAGGAAAAGGUGUCGUUGGGUUACCUACUAAAACUGCUAUUGGAUUCUUUGACCUUGCUUCUAAUGUUAGUGAGGGUAUCAGGAAUACGACUACUGUUUUUGAUGCUGAAGGCUUGGAUAAAGUUCGUUUACCAAGGUACAUCUCUGCUUAUGAUCACAUUAUAAGACCCUUUUCUCAAAGAGAGGCACAGGGUCAAUUUUGGUUAAAUGCAGUAGAUGGUGGAGAGUAUUUCAAUGAAAAAUAUCUCGCUCAUUUGUUGUUACCAGGAGAAGAAAAAUGUAUCUUAAUAACUUUCAAGAAGAUAUUUUUGUUUCAAGUCAAUUCUUUAAAAUCUACGUGGGUGAUCAACUUUGAGAAUAUUAAGUCAAUUUCAAUAGAACCAACAGGUAUUAACAUUGGAUUGAAAAACAAGAAAGAGGGUCCUUUCAUUCCUAUCCCUGAGAAAAACGCUAGGUCAUUUUUGUAUGGUAAAAUCAGAAUUGCUGUUCAAGAGUUCAAUAAGCAUUGCCAAUUUGUGUUGUGA